CUCACAUAAAAAGCUGCCCAUUGUCUACUGCAGCCGCUAUUUGACUCCCCUCACGUCUGCAGACCCUCGUUCACAUCCACAGGAGCCCGACAGACUUGCAGCGAUGAAUCCCAAAGGGGAUAAGCCGAAGUCGAAGAUUACAGCUUCUCGCAAGCUCUCCCUCAAGAUGCUUCUCCUCACAAGAGCCUGUGAGGAUUUGGAGAGAGAGAGGCAGGACAGGGAGGAAGAGAAAAUCCGCUAUCUCGGAGAGAAGUUGCCCCCUUUGCAACUUUCCGGAUUGUCCCUGGAAGAGCUAAAAAAUAUGUGCAAGCAGCUAUAUUCUCAAAUUGAUGUCGUGGAUGAGGAGAGGUAUGACUGUGAAUACAAAGUGGGCAAGCACAACAAAGAUAUCCAUGAGCUGAAGUUGAAAGUACAGGACCUCGGAGGCAAGUUCAAAAAGCCUGCCCUGAGGAAGGUGAGGGUGUCAGCAGACGAGAUGAUGAGAGCUCUCCUGGGCUCCAAACACAAGGGCUCCAUGGACCUCAGAUCCAACCUUAAGUCUGUGAAGAAGGAGGACGUCAAACAGGACAAGGUGCUUACGACUGAAGUGGGUGAUUGGCGUAAGAACGUGGAGGCCAUGUCGGGCAUGGAGGGCCGCAAGAAGAUGUUCGAUACAGGUGGCGGAGCACAGUGAUCAAUUAAAGGCAGGGAAAAGGAAUCUGUCUAGAUAGAAAUAUGGAAUAAGUAUCCAAAGGGUAAUUUACAUUAUGUAGGAAUUAAGAAUAAUGCCAAAAGCUUGUAUAACCCCCAGUUCAUCAGCUGUGUCUCCAUUCCCUUGAUGACCAUUUUCUAAACAAAGACUCAAAGUGUAGGACGAGAAAAGACCCAAAGUUUUUAUUACUAGAGUUUCCUUUUUGUUUUGUUUUUCUUAUGACAUCGUUAGACAUUUAAAGUGGAUGAAUAAACAGUUUCAGUCGUU